GACAUUAUCUCUAUUAAUAAUAUAAUUGUGAUCAUUAACACGCCUGCGGCUGCGGAUGCUUUUGUAGGAGGUGAUUCCACAGUUUUAUAUAAGAUAUUGAAUCCACCUGAUGAUGGAAGCAGCGCCUUCCGAGAACUCCGUGAUGCUAUACGAUUUUCGCGAAACCCAGCGGUUGUUAGUUGGGUUGGGGAAGGUGGAGGAGUUUGGGGUAGUGGUCAAGAUAAAGUUACAAAUAGAUUCGUCUUUGGAUUUUGGUACUUGACUCAGCUAGGAGAAGCAUCGAUUUACGGCACAAGGACAUACUGCAGGCAGUCAUUAAUUGGUGGUAACUAUGGUUUACUCGACACUGACACAUUUGUUCCGAAUCCAGAUUACUACAGUGCACUUCUUUGGCACAGGUUAAUGGGACAACGUGUUUUGUGGGCCAAAUAUAACGGGCCUGAAUUGGUCCGUACUUAUGCUCAUUGCGCUAAGAAAUCU